AUGGCAUAUUCUAUCAAUAGAAGACCUUUACUUGGAGGUUUAUCAGAUAGUGAAUUUGAAGAUGAUUUAGAAACUGAAGUUGAUGAUCCAAAUGUUUCUGUUCCAGAUGAAAAACCAUUUUUAAAACAAUAUGAACCUCGUGACAAGUAUAAUCUUGCAUAUAUUGUUUUUUAUUUGCUUGGUAUAAAUACAUUAAUUCCUUGGAGCUUUUUCAUUACGGCUGAUGAUUACUGGAUGUAUAAAUUUAGAGAAGUACAUAACAAUUUUACACGAGAAAGUGUUAAUUAUACUCAUGUAGAAAAUUUGGAAAAAACAACUGAUCUCCAAGCUAGUUUCAUAUCAUACUUAAAUGUAGCAAGUGCAGUACCAAAUACAUUUUUCUUAAUUAUAAAUGCAUUUAUUAGUAAACGAAUUCCACUGAGAGUGAGGAUGGUGGGUUCUCAGUGUACAAUACUAUUAUUUUUUAUUUUAACAACUGCAUUUGUUGAAAUAAAUACAGAUAAGUGGCAAGGAAUAUUUUCAAUAAUUACUUUAACCACAGUAGCAAUUGUAAAUGGUACAAGUGCAAUCUUUGGAGGAAGUUUAAUGGGUAUUGUUGGACGAUUUUCUCCAAAAUACAUAACUGCUAUGUUAAGUGGUCAAGCUCUUGGAGGAAUUUUUACUGCUAUAGCAGAAAUAUGUUCUCUUUGGAUUGGUGCUAGUCCUGUACUUUCAGGCUUACUUUAUUUUAUCAUUGGAGAUGUUAUAUUGUUUCUAUCUUUAAUUGCUUACAUCAUUUUAGAAAAAGCAACAUUUUUUAAGUAUCAUAUGUCUGAAAACUUGACUAACAAUGAAGCAGAUUUUUCAAUAACUGGAGAAGUAACUUUCCCACAAGGAACUACAGUAUCUUAUACGCGUAUUAUUAAAAGAAUUUGGCAUUAUGGUAUUAGUAUAUUUUUAGUAUUUUUUAUAACUGUUUCGGUAUACCCAGCAAUUACUGUACUAGUGGAAAGUCAAAAUAAAGGCAAAGGUUAUGCAUGGAAUGAUAUCUACUUUGUACCUGUGGUGACUUACUUAAUUUUUAGUUCUGGUGAUUAUGCUGGAAGAUUAUUGUCAGGCAUGUUUCAAUGGCCAAAAAACAAACCAUGGCAAGUUAUACUUUUAAGUUUAACGAGAGUCAUCUUUAUACCAGCUCUUAUAUUUUGUAAUGCACAGCCCAGACAUCAUCUUCCCGUUUAUAUCUAUAACGACUUCUAUUAUAUUUUAUUAACUAUUCUAUUUGCCAUCAGUAAUGGUUAUUUGUGCAAUUUAACAUUUAUUUUAACUCCUAUGGUUGUAGAUUCCCAAGAGAAGGAAAUAGCAUCUGCAAUGAUAGGAGCUUUCCUUGGCAUGGGAUUAACAUCAGGUGCUGCACUUAGUUUACUUAUGGUUAAAACACUUUAAUUAUUGUUGUUUAACCAAGGAAAUAUCGGAACAAUAUAAGCGUACAUCUCACUGCCCACUAUAUAUGUAAAAUGAAAUAGGACCACAAAACAUAAUGUCCAACUGUUUAAAUCAGCCAUACUCUCCCAGCGGGCCGCGAGCCGUAUGCGGCCCGCCAAGAUUGUGUGUGCGGCCCGAAACACACACAGACACAGUUAGAGUUUGUAAGUAAAAGAUGAUUUAAUUUACAUAAUACCAAGAUGUAAACGAAGAUAUAAGCUGUACUAAGUUACGGCCCUCGUUACGUAGCAAACAUAUGUAUGUGGCC